AUGUCGCUAGACUACAACUUUCGCGGCAAGGUAAUCGCCGUCACAGGAGGUGCUUCAGGCAUCGGGCUUGCGACGGUGAAGCUGCUUGCUCAGGCAGGUGCCCGGCUGUCCAUUGCGGACGUGCAGCAGAAACCACUGGACGACGCGGUGGCGGAAAUCAAGGCCACAGGCGGCGAGGCGCUUGGCUUUGUCGUGAACGUGGCCGACGCAAGCCAGGUGAAUGCGUGGAUUGACCAGACGGUGCAACACUUUGGCCCGCUGGACGGUGCUGCCAACGUCGCGGGCGUCAUUGGAACGGGAAUCAACAAGAAUCGCGUCGAGGAGAUUGAGGAUGACGACUGGGCCCUUGUGCUGGGCAUCAACCUGACGGGCGUCAUGCACUGCAUGAGGGCCGAAAUCCGCAAUGUUCGCCACGGGGGUAGUAUCGUGAACGUCACCAGUGUCGCGGGCAGCGUGGGCUUUGCAAAGAACUCUGCCUACAGUGCGGCCAAGCAUGGUGUGGUGGGAUUGUCUCGCUCUGCUGCGAAGGAGGUGGGCGACAGGCACAUCAGAGUCAACUGUGUAGCGCCUGGCCGUAUCGAGACACCUUUACAACUCAAGUCUGUAGAGAUGUUGGGACCCAAUAUCCCUACGCCGUUCGCCAUCAAGCGCAAGGGAGAGGCGGCGGAAGUUGCACAACUGAUUGCAUGGCUUCUAUCAGAUUCGACAAAGUACAUCAGCGGCACUGUCGAGCUCAUUGACGGUGGUUGGAUAUGCUGA